AUGGCCAUGUAUGCGCGGUGGCGAGAUCUUUCUCAGUCGGCAGCGGCCAUGGCCAAGGUUCCCAACUUGGUGUGGACGGAUAUCGCUGCCAGUAUGCUGGUGGGCACGCGCAGCUGGAAUUCGGGGAAUCAAUUGCCUGCCAACCUUCAGAAACGUGACGACGAUGGGACGAACAGCACCGGCGGCGACCAGGCCAUCGUUCCUGUGACCGUCUAUCAGCGGCAGAUUCGCUAUCAUUGGCGAUUUGCCAUCCCAGCAUUCCUGGCUCUGGCGCGGUUCCUCGUGAUGGUUUCGGCUGCUUUGGUGUCUGUUGUCUCUGGAAAGGGGCUUUCAGCACGGGUGCGACAUAAUCUUUUUCAUUUGUUGUCAGUUCGCCUGCUGGGCGAAAUGCAAUAUUCUGGAGAAUGCGACAAGUUGGCACCGACAAAUGAAUGA